AUGACUACCGGAGCUAAUGAUUUCUAUUAUUCCAACAAAUACGAAGACGACGAGUUCGAAUACAGACAUGUUCAUGUCACAAAGGUGAGUCUAACAAUGAAACUUUCUAUAGAAAAUUGUUUGUUUCACAGGAAAUCGCAAAAUUGAUUCCAAAAAACAGAUUGAUGACUGAAACCGAGUGGAGAAGUCUUGGAAUUCAACAAGUAAGUUUUAAUGGUUUACUCUGGAAUUCAAACUAAAUCAAUUUUUUUCAGUCUCCAGGAUGGAUUCACUAUAUGAUUCACGGACCAGAGAAACAUGUUUUAUUAUUCCGAAGACCGUUAACUAACGCAAAUAACGGUGGAGUUUGCGGAAAAUCUACUAAUGCCGUUAGUUUUCCACUCUUAUUCUAAAUAAUCUAAUUCCAACCUUUUGAUUUCAGGUCGGCGUUCGCUAA